UGCACAAUAACAUAGCAUUGCACUCCUCAUACACGGGUAAACGUGCAAAUUCAUUCACGUGGAUUUGAAGCGAAUUUGACAGAGUUCGCAACUCUGGAAUUCACCCAUUCUUUGUUUUGCUAAGCUUCUUGAAUCUUUCGAUAACGACGUAAACGGUAAUUGCCGAGAUGGCACCUCACUUGCGCCAACGUUCUUCCACGAAGAAAACCGUCCCGACUGCUCCUCGCACCCCGACGACGCGACAUCAACCGAAAGCCUCACACAAAAAGAAACAGCCUGGAACUCCUGCUAGUCACACUGUCCCGUUAAGUAAGGAGGAGAAGAAGCGUCGUCAGGAGCGGCUGUGGCAGGUGGACGAGGAAACGCAAGGGAUGUUGGACGAGCCGUACAAAGGAGAUCAGUCUGUGAAAGUGUUCCGAUUUGUUCCAGGCGCUCCUGUUGUCUCUUUAUCCAAGGGAGCUUACCAUGAAGCUACGAUCGAAUGCUAUUAUCGUACCGCUCUGCCGGAGUCGAUCUUUCCGCCCGGACAAGGCCAUACUCGUAAAACUGUUCCGGUUGGCAAAUGGAUUCCCACUGUAAAUGUGCGCUUUUUCGGAUAUUCUGACCAACACAAGGAGGAGAUUCCCGAGAACGAGUUGAUCUCCCGCUGCCCGACGGAACUGUGCUUCGUGCAAGGCUUGUUGUACGCGCACGAGUUCAAUACAUGGCAACGUGAGUCGAAGGGGCUUGAUGAGAUCGCGUACGGGAAGACCGCUUGGUUUAUGAGCGACGAGUCUUACGAGGCGCUGGAAAAGAAAUGGCAGCGCCUAACCGGACAUAAUGAGACAUUUGCGGCUUACUGUGGACGUUUUCCUGCUGUGGGAGCAGGUGGUGACGGUGGAGCGGUUGGUGAUGGUGGAGCGGGCGGUGGCGACGAUGACAUGAUGUCAGACAGUACGGGAUCGGAAGUGGAGGUGCUGUCGGAUAUGGGCUCGAGCCUUACCGAUGAUGCGUAAGAAUCCGAUGCCACUUCCAAAGAAUUUGGUCAAUCUCGGAUGUUCGAUAUUUACUGUAUGAUGAGUCUGUAUCUGUGUUUAUAGUUUACCAGAAUGAUGGUGGUUGUUAUUAUUUUGGAUAGAUCUCGUUGUGAUACCGAUUUUGUAAUUUGUAAAUGCGUCGAGUAAUGCUGCGUGGAUAAUUUGUGGCCGUGCUCGAAGGUAGAUUGUUACUGUUGUAUAAUUUUGUAUUUCUUUUUUGUGGUUAGCCUGAAUAAGCCGUUUCAUUACACUGUGCGGUUUAAUAGAGGCAUGACACUGUAUAGAAUCGAUAUUUCGGAUUGGUUUGCUAAUUCCUGCUUGGAAUAUAUUUUUUCCCAUUAAAUACGACUUG